AUGAAGGAAGCAACGAGCGAUCCCGGCGUGCUGGCCUCUGCAGCCGCCGAGGGAGGGAAGAAAAAGAAGAAAUCAGACUACGCGAUCGAGCCUAGCUCAUCGCCCCCCAUUGACACGAGCAAAUGGCCUCUCCUACUGAAAAACUACGAUCGCCUGAAUGUGCGCACUGGGCACUACACGCCGCUACCCCACGGCUGCUCGCCGCUCUGCCGCCCGCUGCAACAGUACAUCAACUACGGCGCCAUGAACUUGGACAAGCCUGCAAACCCUUCGAGCCAUGAAGUCGUCGCCUGGCUGAAGAAGAUUCUUCGCGUCGAAAAAACCGGACACAGCGGCACUCUUGACCCCAAGGUCACCGGCUGUCUUCUCGUCUGCAUCAACAGAGCCACGCGCCUGGUCAAAUCUCAGCAGUCCGCGGGGAAGGAGUACGUGUGCAUCAUUCGUUUCCAUGCAAAGCCGGAGAGCAGAGCAAAAGUUGCCCGGGCUCUUGAAACCCUCACCGGGGCUCUGUUUCAGAGACCUCCAGUUGUCGCUGCAGUCAAGAGGCAGUUGCGUAUUCGAACGAUCUACGAGUCGCGCUUGCUGGACUUCGAUGACCAGCGGCACAUGGCAGUCUUCUGGGUCAAGUGCGAAGCAGGGACGUACAUUCGAACGCUUUGCGUCCACCUCGGCUUGGUGCUCGGUUGCGGCGCACACAUGCAGGAGUUGCGUCGCGUGCGGAGUGGGAACCUCGGCGAAAAUGACCACCUGGUGACGAUGCACGACGUUCUCGACGCCAUGCACGUCUACGACAGCACGCGCGACGAGACGUACUUGCGCCGCACGAUCUUCCCGCUCGAACUGCUCCUCACCGGCUUCCCGCGAAUUGUCGUGAAGGACAGCUGUGUGAACGCCAUCUGCUACGGAGCCAAGUUGAUGAUUCCCGGAGUUCUCCGCUUUGAAAGCGGCAUCGAAGUCAACCAGGAAGUCGUCCUCAUGACCACCAAGGGCGAGGCCAUUGCUCUAGCUGUCGCGCAGAUGACUUCCAGCGUCAUCGCCACUGUCGAUCACGGCGUGGUGGUAACGAUCAAGCGCGUGCUGAUGGACCGCGACACGUACGACAUGCGAUGGGGCUACGGGCCGAGAGCCAGCGAGAAGAAGAAAAUGAUUCUCGCAGGCCUUCUCGACAAAAAGGGAAAACCCAAUGAAAAGACACCCGCCACGUGGCUCAAGAGUGAAGGGUAUCUGCCGAAGUUGUGUGGCUCGGAGGAGACAAAUGGAGAAGCGGAGAACGCAGUCAAAGAGGAAGAGCAGCCUCGUAUCAAGGAAGAGCCGGUUGACGACGAAGAAGAAAGACGCCGCAAGAAGAAGGAAAAGAAACUCAAGAAGAAGGAGCGCGAAGCAGAGGAGGAAGAGGGCGAUCGGAAACGAAGACUCUCUCAUGGGUCUGAGAAUGGCGACGCGACGAUGGACGAGGCGGUUCACGAGAAGAAGAAAAAGAAGAAGAAGAGUUCCAGCGCGGAAGACGAGUGA